UACACUAAUCUUUAUUUCCAUUUUAAAUCUGAAAAGAAAUCAGUUUUUGUUAUGAAAAGCUAUUCAUCUCCAUCAUCUUCAAUUGACCCUUAACCAAAAACGCAGACAACAAUUCCUCUCUGUGAAAUUUUGAAAAUAAACAUACACAGAUCGACAUCAACAACCUUCCUCUCAUUCCCUGAUUUUCCGGCGAAGAAUAACCGCCUUGUGCUGCGUCGCCUGGGUGUUUGACGAACAACAACAUGCCUUUCUAAGUCGCCUGAAUGCAGCAGCAAUAAUCUUCUUCCUCGUUCCUUUUGAAUGGGCAAAGCAGCAGCAAUCCUGAAUUAUCCUGGAAAUUUCGAUGAAUACAACCCUAAAACAUCCUAAAUUUUUGUAGAAUUUCGAAAAGAAGAACUAUACAACUGUUGUCCUAUUCUUUGGGGUUCGAAAAUCAGCAAUAGUCACAUAAUUUUUCUUCCUACUCUGAUUUCUUUUUCGGUGGAACUGUAAACAGCAAUUUCUCCUUUCGAUCAUUGUGUCGCCAAUUAAAGAUUGCUUGCAGAUCAAUACCAACUGGAAAGGGAGAGAUAUCCGAGGUGGUUAGAGCACUUUUUGAGGACUUUUAGUUUGGUUGGAUAGCUGUUGUAGAGAUCAUGCGGUCUAUAGUAGAAUUUUGUGAAUAUGGCGUGGAAACGUAACAAUCAAAAUCGAAGCAUGUUAAUGGAAGAAGUAAUGACAUGGGGUCCAAGAGCUACGCCACAUCAUCAUAACCAAGCUAAGAGAAGGCAAGGGAUAGGAACCAGGGUAUGGUUAAUGAUCUCAGAUACAGGGGAUUCUUGCCUUGAUGAAAUAUCAAAACACCAAAUUAUGCGUCGUACCGGGCUGCCGGCACGUGACCUCCGUGCUCUUGACCCGGUUUUGUCGUACCCAUCUUCGAUAUUUGGGCGUGAACGGGCUAUUGUUGUAAAUCUGGAGCAUAUCAAGGCCAUUAUUACUGCUACUGAGGUUCUUAUGAUUAAUUCUUCUAAUCCUCUAGUUGUUGAGUUUGUUGAAGAUCUUAGCCAACGUAUUGCCGGUGCUUUUCAAAAGGCCAAGGAGAGUAAUGAUCCAUACGUGGGAGGAGAGGAAAAGAGUUCUCAUCGACAUGGUAGUUCUGCAAAACCAUUGAUCAGAAGAAAAUCAGGGGGACUUGGAAAAGCUAUAGAUGCAUUAAAUGUGGCAAUUAAAGGAAGCAUUGGAAAAAAUACGGUUGAUGCAUCCUUAAUCCCAUGUAGCGGUCCUAUAUCAUUGCCAUUCGAGUUCAGGGCACUUGAAGCUUGUCUAGAAUCUGCUUGUAGGUGCCUUGAAACCGAGACUCAAACCCUGGAGCAGGAGGCAUAUCCUGCACUUGACCAACUAACUUCUCAAAUUAGCACACUUAUUCUUGAUCGUGUAAGGCAAAUAAAGAGCCGUUUGGUUGCAAUUUCCGGUCGCGUGCAAAAGGUGAGGGAUCAACUUGAAAAUUUGUUGGAUGAUGACGAUGACAUGGCAGAGAUGUAUCUGACUGAAAAGCUUAAGCUUUCAAUGGAACAAGGACUUUCCAUGAGAAAUUCCUUGAGAACUUCCAUGAGAACAGAACCUGGGGACCACCUAGUUGAUGUUGAUGAAAUGGAUGAUGAAGAAGAUUCAAAGUCUUUUGUAUAUUCUGAUUCAUACACUUAUGUUAAGCCAAAUAUUGAAGAGCUAGAAAUGUUGUUAGAAGCAUACUUUGCACAAGUAGAGGGGAUUUCACAGAAGUUGUCCGCUAUGAGCGAGUACGUAGGGGACACAGAGGACUACAUCAACAUAAUGUUAGACGACAAACAGAACCAACUGUUGCAAAUGGGAGUGAUGCUUAGUACAGCAAACAUGAUUAUAAAUGGAGGGAUUGUUGUAUGUGGGAUAUUUGGAAUGAACAUUCAUAUCCCUUUAUUUGAUGGAGAAAACAGACAGUUUUUGGAAACUGCCUUUGGCACUACUUUUGGUUGUAUUAUCACGUAUUUACUUGCUAUAGGUUGGGGUAGGAAGAAGUAUCUCUUAUCCUUCUAAUGUCUUAGUUUCUACAUUCACCAAUUUUUUGUAUUUCAAUUAUGGCUAUCUAUUCUUCGCUACUAUGCAUUCAUUGUAAUAAUUUUACAUCGACUCAUCUAAAACUUUACUCCUAUGGGUUAAGAAUAUUUAUGUAGUUUGAUGGUGACAUAUUUUAUAUGAAUUAUCGAUUACCAUUUGAUUACUUGUUUUAGUCAAUUUUGUAAAUUUAUCACCAAGGAAUGUUUUAUUUGUUUGUGUUUGCAUUGUGGAUAAUAUCAUCAUUUUUAGAAAAUAGU